GGAGCUAGCCUGCUGGUGCUAAGGUUAGCUGGGCGCGUUAGCAGCGAGCAGCGGACAUGUUGCGGCCAGACUUGCUGGACUAAACGCCGGCAGAAGCUGCUAAGGGGACGUCGCGGGGUGUCGCACCACCAUGGAUGCCGUCAACGCCUUCAACCAGGAGUUAUUCUCCUUGAUGGACUCCAAGCCACCGAUAUCUCGGGCCAAGAUGAUCUCCAUCACCAAGUCGGCCAUCAAGGCAUUAAAACUUUACAAACACGUGGUCCAGAUUGUGGAGAAGUUCAUCAAAAAGUGCAAGCCGGAGUACAAGGUCGCGGGCCUGUAUGUGGUGGAUUCUAUUGUCCGCCAGUCCCGGCACCAGUUCGGAGCGGACAAGGACGUGUUUGGACCGAGGUUCACCAAGAACAUCACAGGAACCUUCGAGAACCUCUGCCUUUGCCCGCUAGAGGAGAGGAGUAAGCUCGUGCGAGUGUUGAACCUGUGGCAGAAGAACAAUGUCUUCAAGAGCGAGGUCAUUCAGCCCCUCCUGGACAUGGCCGCCAGCGGGGGCGCGGGGCCCUACGCCGGCUCCGACGAGCCAGGUACACCUCCGUCUCCAGCCAAAGAAGCCGUCACCACGGUGACGACGGCCAACCCUGCCGCCGCGCCUGCGGGUCAGCUGCAGAAAGAGGACAACCCCUUCGCCGCCGUGGCGGAGCUCUUCCAGACCACACAGGGUCAGCAGCUUCAGCAGAUGCUCCAGAACUUCCAGCAGCAACCGGCGAAAGCGGAGCCACCCCCUCAGCCUCCCGCCCCUCAGCCUCCUGCCCCUCAGCCUCCCGCCCCUCAGCCGGACGUCCAACACGUCGCCCGCGUCUUCAGCCCAGCGCCCCCGCGCCCUGCCCCGCCCUCCCAGCAGAAGACGGCCUUUGAUCGGACGCUGCUGGAUCGUUUCGACUACGACGACGAGCCAGAAGCCGGAGAUGACAAAGAUGACUCCUCGCAUCCUUCCUUCAUGCAGCAGCCUCAUUCCUUCCCACCGUCCAUGAUGAACAUGUCUCAGGACCCCUCGCAGCAGGGCGCUCUUCCACCUAACGGUCAGCUCCCAGCCUUCGGCGUGCUCCCAGGACAAGGCUUCCCAGUUAUGGGACACCAUCAACCAGGCCAGCUGCCUCCAGGCUUCCCAGGGGGUUUCUUUCCCUCUGGAUCAGCCCAGCAGGACUCGUCAGUCGACGCAGGUUCAUCUAUGAGGGAUGGCAGACAUGGUCAAAGGUCACGUUCAGGCUCCAGGUCUCCCAAGCGGAGGAGGUCGCGCUCCAACUCCCGCACCCGCCGAUCCAGGCACAGGCGCUCACGCUCCAGGGACCGCCGCCAGCAGUCCCCGCGAUCCCGCUCGCAGGAGCGCAAGGAGAGGGAGCGGGAACGCGAGCGUCGCCAAAAGGGUCUACCGCCGUCCAAGAACGAGACGCUGAGCAUCUGCAGUACGACUCUGUGGGUGGGCCAGCUGGACAAGAGGACUCAGCAGCAGGACGUGGCGUGCCUGCUGGAGGAGUUUGGACCCAUUGACUCCAUCAAUAUGAUCCCUCCACGCGGCUGCGCCUACAUCGUCAUGGUACAUCGGCAUGAUGCCUUCAGGGCCCUGCAGAAACUCAGUCGAGGGCCCUACAAAGUCAACCAAAAAGCCAUCAAGAUUGCGUGGGCUCUGAACAAGGGCAUCAAGGCUGACUUGAAACAGUACUGGAACGUGGAGCUGGGGGUCACCUACGUGCCCUGGUCCAAGGUGAUGGAGGACCAACUGGAGGAGCUGAAGGAAGGAGGCGUCCUGGAUGGAGACACUUUAUCACCAGAGUGGAGCACAGCAAGGAAGGCCCUCAUGAACCCAGAGGAGCUCAACCACAACGGCGGGGCGGAGUCACAGCAGCACGAGGAGGCGCACCUGUUAGCCGCAGCUACUCCUGCACAGCUUCCUCCAAUGCAGCAGCCAAUGAUGGGCAUGGGACCUGUGCCGCCUCCUGGCUUCCCUGCCCCCAUCGGGAUACCACCUCCCUCCUUCCCCCCGGGCAUGCCCCCGCCGCCGUUCAUCCGACCUGGCUUCAACCCCAUGCAGAUGCCUCCAGGUUUCCCCCCACCCAGAACCAUGCCUCUCGGACCGCCGCCUCCUGCCAAAGGUGAAGACAUGCCUCUGGGCCCUGCAGGUCUGGUCACCAGGAAACACGAGGAGGUCUCGGACGCUCCCAACUUCUUCAAUAACCAGAUGGGAGCCAUGUGUAACCAGGUCGGCGCCCCUCCAGGAAGCAUCCAGCCUCCUACCGGGGGUCUGCUGGGGGCACGGCCCAGUUUAAUCCCAAUGCAGCGGCCCCCGGGUCCUCCCAUGCUGCACGGUCAGCGUUUCCCUCCACCCCGGGGGCCACACCCCCCCGCCAUGCCCCCCGUCCAACAGCAGAUUAUGCACAGGGGGCCUCACGCGCCGAUGAUCCGCCACGACGCUCCUCCGCCCAAAGGGGGGUUUGGGAUGCCCCCUUUGCACAGCAUCAGACCUCCCUUCCCUCCACAUGGGCCGCCCCCUCACGGGCCCCCUCCUCCCUUUGUCAGACCAGGGGUCCCCCGUUCGGGCGACGGGCCCGAGGAAAGGAGCGGCCGCCCUAUCAGGGGUGAGUGGACGGGAUUCAGGGACCAGGAGCCUGAUCGGGAGCGGGACCGGGAGCGGGAGCCUGAUCGGGAGCGGGACCGGGAGCCUGAUCGGGACCGGGAGCGGGAGCGGGACCGGGACCGGGAGCGGGACCGGGAGAGAGAUCGAGGGUUUGGGGGCGCCAGGCGUCCGUUCGGCGACAGAGCGCGGGGCGGCGACAGAAUGGACGCGAGGGACAGACUUGGCGGCUGGCAGGAAGACGGCGAUCAGCGUGGCGGCGGCUGGGAGAGGGACAGAGACCGACGAGACUGGAGGGACCGGCGAAGCAGCCUGGAUCGAGAAUGGGAGCGAGGGAGGGGCGGCGACGGAGAGCGGGAGAACGGGAGGGGCGAAGGCGGUGACAGAGGAAGGGCGGACGGCGCAAGUCGGGAGAGCGGAAGAGGAGCAGACGGCAAAGAAGCCGCGCGGCCCAGACGCCGCGAGAGGACCACACGGUGGGACCGCGACGACCGGUUGGCCGUGCUGGAGAACAUGGACAAGUUUCGCAGCCCUGAGGCUCCGCAGCCUGCGGCUCCACAGCCGGCGGCUCCGCAGUCGACGACUCCGCAGUCGACGACUCCGCAGUCGGCGGCUCCGCAGCCGGCAGCUCCCCAGCCUGCGGCUCUACAGCCGGCGGCUCCGCAGUCGGCAGCUCCGCAGCCGGCUCCGCAGUCGGCAGCUCCGCAGUCGGCUCCGCAGCCGGCAGCUCCGCAGUCGUCGGCUCCGCAGCCGGCAGCUCCGCAGUCGUCGGCUCCGCAGCCGGCAGCUCCGCAGUCGUCGGCUCCGCAGCCGGCAGCUCCGCAGUCGUCGGCUCCGCAGUCGGCUCCGCAGUCGGCUCCGCAGUCGGCUCCGCAGUCGGCUCCGCAGUCGUCGGCUCCGCAGUCGUCGGCUACACAGCCGGCGGCUCCGCAGCCAGCGGCUUCCACGGAUAUAUGUAAAGGACCUGUUUUGGAAGCCCCUCCAAAAACUACUGAAUCGGCAUCCCCGGCUCCUCCCCCGCAACCAGACGCCGCUAAGCCGCCGUCUUCCGAGGCUCAGACCGAGUCCAUGGAGGCCAAACCGGAGGCGGCCUCAUAGACUCCUGCGGAAUACUACCUGUGUCUAAACUGGUCCCAUGACUCCAUGACCUGGUCCACAAGCGAUCACAUGGGAGUCGCCACCUGAGAACUGAGUUCUUGCAUGUCCAUUUUGACUUCUGUCUCCAUCAAAGUAGAUUCCUUCUUUUAAACGACUUUUACAAGCUUUUGUUCUUUUUACUCCAUGACAACAGCCGUCGUGUGUUCCGGUCUCGCGUUCGCUUCGUUUUCCGUCACUCCAAUUUUCAAGGAUCAGCUGCAAAAACCGAUCCGUUUCUGCUUCGUUCCUCACCGCGCAAGGAAUGGUGUUUUCCUCCACGUGAAGACCUGACAAGUCCGACAAAGAAGGACGACACAGAGUUAUCUCUUCACAGACGCUCGUCCUGGAUAAAGCGACCCCUCCCCCACUCCUUAAAGCCUCGCUCACACGCAGGAUUCUCACAGGAAUGAGGCAAACAUUCAUAUAGCAUGUGCAUCUGCUGUGUUCAUGCGCAACUAUUAUACAAAUACACUAACUACAAUACAUUCCCUGUAAAAAAAAAACACAAUUUGGGAGCAGGCCAAGCUAAAAAUGCUGAAAGUGUCACCUGACGUAGAGAUCGACGUCUCCAGAGCAGUAAGAAGCUUACACAUGAUGAACUCACCUGGGCUGAUUUGUUUGCUUUUAUUAGUGCCACUGUGUGUUUUUCCUCACUAAACAGACUUUGUCCCACCUACGUGAUUUGUAGUGAUCGCCUCCAAUCAUCGUAAUCACAAAUGAAGAGCCCUGCUUGGAUCGGCCCUCUGUACAUAAACUGUUGACUGUCGGCACCGAGGAGGCACGCCGCUCUUCUCUCUCCAGCGAGUCGGUCCCGGUAGCAAAUGUGAAGGACUCGCUACGGCCUUUUGCUUUCAGCUUAACGCCCAAAUGUGUGAACAUUGACCGUACAAAAGACAUGGAUGUAAAAUGUUCAACAUUUCAGCCACAAAAAGGUUUUUAAUAAACUAUUUUUGUACCAAAA